AUGUUUAACAAAGAGGUUUUCGAGCAAGAAUACAACGACUGUGCCGUGGGAACUAUUGAAGCACGGGAGUUUUACAAACUGUUUUACUUCUACUUGAAGAUUUUUCAAGUAUUGGACGGAUCUAUCCCUAAAUACACUUAUAUUGCAAAGGCAUUUAUGCUGUUAUGUACAUUAAUCGCUUUGGUUUUGCUAGCAUUUGCAUUCUACCAUGGGACCGAAAGCUUCGAUAUACCCUUCCUGACAGAGGUGGGAGUAUACAUCAUCAUUUUAACAUAUAGUUUUCUAAUGAACUUGUGUGGAACGUUAUAUGUUCAUGACUAUCACAGCAUGCAACGCACAAUGCGUGAAGAUUUUUUGUAUAUAUGUACUAGGGGUGAGAAAUACAGGAAGAGAUUUUUUCAACACCAUAUAACAACACGUACAAUUUACAAAUUAAAUGCAAUCUUCUGCGUAGGCGUAUGUAUUUUGAUGGAUAUCUGCGCAAGUUUGGUGCUAGUCUACUUCAUAUUAACGCAUGAACCUGGAGAAGGCACGAGGCCAUUGCUUUUUCCGUUUUGGUGUUUUGAAACAGAUUUCAGCAAGUCACCAACGUAUGAAAUUGCGUUUAUGUUUUCAAAUCUGACGGUCUUUAUAAACGGAUUUAACUAUAGCUUCAUGCUUGGCACCCAAAUUGUUUGGAUGAGACAGAUAUGCUGCAAAGCUGAAAUUGUUAUAUGGCAAAUUGAAGAUCUCAUGGAUGGAAUACGACCUACGAAUGAUGGAAGGGAAAGAGAAGCGUUUGACAGUUUAAUACGACAACGAAUGAGAGAGAUCGUAAAACAUCAUAACUCGAUGGACAUCUUGAUUACGCAGUUCGCUCGAGCUUACAAGAAGUUAUGGAUGUUUGAACAGAUAGCAAGCGCACCUAUGGUAUGUUUAACCGCAUAUGCUGCAGCAGAGAAAUGGGAUGAGGGUGAAUUUCACGCAAUUCUGAUACUUAUUCUAAUUGCUGCAAUUAUUUUGGUUUUCAUUCCAAGCUAUAUGUGUACGAUUCUAUGCGUUCAGAUCUCUUCUGUUUCUUAUGCUUGCUGGAAUAUUCCUUUCUGGAACGCUGGUCGUAUGAUCCGGCCCUAUCUGUGGCUUAUCAUGGAGAAAUCUCUUCGGCCACUCCCGUUCAAAGUUCCUGGUUUGGAGGAAUUUUCUGUACAAACUUUCUCUAACAAAAUGGCAUCAGCUUACUCUUACUUUAAUAUGCUGAGACAAGCCAACAAGAAUUAA